ACCCACCCCCCCCAGAUAAGUCCAAUAGCAAUGAUGCUUUUAGUGGGCUGAGAGCCCAGCCAUGUCUUUGCAGUUCACCAUGACCCUGUGCAGCCCCAGCUCUGCUGCUGGGGAGCGGGUCAGAGCCGAAUGGGUGGGCAGGCUGCCGGGAGCGGGGGCCAGCAGCACACAGAUCCCCCUGUUAGGCAUGACCAUCUGUCACGGCUCUCCCCACACCCCUACUGUCCCCAGGAGGUCUCUAGCCCUGAACAUUAACACGAGACAGAUGAGCUCUUUUGCCAGGCUGUCGCUGGAGCGAUGCUCGUGUGAGGCUCGGUGGCUGUUUGGGAGUGAUGGCAACUUCGGGACCUGACCCUCCAAGUUACCUUUCAUCUGUCGUGGCAAGGAUGCCUCAUUUCACUUUUGCUCGCAGCCAGCCUGGGUGUUGGCUCGCUGCAGGAUCGGUCCGUGAGCCUUGGAGCGGGACUGCCUGUAUCCGGAGCCUUCCUUCCUCUGCGAUAACGUCAGCGCUGGAGUGCAGGCGGCUAUUUUGGUCCCAGGAAUGCCAGCGGAUGAUUUCACUUUUGUUUUGUACCCGAUAACCUUUCCCAUCACAAUGAGAAACGACGUCCGUUCUCCCUGCGCUUCCGUGUGCGAGGGGAAAGCCAUUCAAGCACCUCUGCAGGGGAAAAGAAAAAGCCCAUUUAAAAAUAGCUGCCCGAUUGUCUGUGGAGCCUGGGCAAAGGAAGGGCAAAAGCCUCUCCGUGCCGUGCUGCGUGCUGUGCGCUGGGAUCGGCUCCACCAGCCGAGCCGGGGCAGGAGGAUGGCGGCCGUGGGAAUGCUUGCUGUGCUGGCCUUUCCCAUUGGCCUCAUGGGGACGGGAGGCUUUGGGAGAGACUUUCAUCUCCAUGCAGAGUCAUCCCGAUGUGGGGCUCCAGGAGAGCUACAGCAACCCGCUUUGCCCCCCACCUGCCCACCUCUGCUCCUCCUGCCCUUCUCCGAGUCCUUUCCCUGCCAAGUUUCAUGGCUGGGAGCUCAGUCAGGAGCUCGGUGAGACAAACCCACCCCGGGCCCCAGGCAAGAUAAGUCUGGUCAACCCAAAUUGCUAAAGCUCAGCUCCAAUUUUUAUUUCCUGUGGAGAAGGAGCUGGCUAAAGUCACUUGUUUUUAUUUUUUUUUCAAGCUUUCAGCCUGUGACUUCCCACGAACUGCUGACCCAUCAUGUGACAGCGGUCACGGCGGGGCCACCGCAGCCAGAUGCAGCAUCACCGGCUCGCCCAGCCACACCAGGGCACGGGCCUGGUACCCAGGUGGGAAUGGCCAGGGCACGGGCAGCCCCCGGGCACCAGCCCUCUGGGAAUGGGCAAAGCCCAAUGUGCUCUCAGAGGGAAGGCAGCGAGCUUCUUCCCGCUGGACACCAUCCCCUACGGAGAGACGCUUCCCCGUGCCCCCCCAGCCUUCAGAGUACUGUAUAGGCCAUUCUGCAGGCUGUUGGCCGGCAGGGUGGCUACCUGGGCUCCUGUUUGAUCGGUCCCUUUGCUCAGCUGGGGGGGGGGUUGCUCAGUGCCCUCCCCCCCCAUGGCUUACAGGGGGGCUCCCAACCUGCCCUGGCCCUUCCUGAGCUGGAGCCUGUUUACAAAACAGUGGCUGGGGGCUGCUGUUUACCCUUAUGCACGCACUGCACUCAGAGUUGCUAAACAGGCAAAGCCAAAAUGAAAGUCAUCUGAGUUUUCUUUAAUUAGGCUAAGAUUAUGAUGAAUCAUGAGGUACUUUACCUCAAGGAUGGACCAAGAAUUGACUUUGGCAGGAGACAUCAAGGUACAGCAGUCAGCAGAGCUUGCUCGCUGAGUUGACAUCUGCUGGAAAGGCUUGUUUUUCCCUCCCGAGUCACAUGCUAACUUGUGAUCUGAUCAUGCGAUGCAAAGGAUAACCUUCCAAUAUUUACUUUCCUCAUCUGGAAUUUUAAAAGGCAGAGGAAAAGAGGAAAAAGCAGUGUAAGGGAGAACAGAGCAGCUCCCUUCCCUCCCUUGGCUGGCCUUGCUCCGGGCGCUGUGCUGGCUGCCGGGGCAGGGCAGGGGGCUGCCUGCAGCACGGGUGCCCAGCGCAGCGGUGAUGGGGAGCGUUGGAGCAGGGAUGGCAUCGGCAUCAGCAGAGCAAUGGAGGCUGGUGUCUUCAGCCGCACGGGUGUCCCCUGUCCGGACACCUGUGUGCUGGCAGGGGUGGGGAGGGGCCACUUGGCCCGGGGUGACCCACACCAGCGUGGGCAGGGGGAGCUUGUCCUCCCCCUCCCCCGGUGGCUGCUUAGCACUGGCCCUCUGCCAUCCUUCAGCAUUAAACUUGCAUGUUUGAUUAUAAAUGUCAAAGUAACAUUUUUUAAUAACAAUAUCCCAGUGUAAUCCGGUAGGCAGGUGGAGUUACUUGAUACAUGCUCCAGUCCAAAAGUUUAUAGUAAGCACAGCUGCAAGAUUAAACCAGAAUUGCCCUUGAAUAAAAUCCCCCCUAUAAUCUUGGGGGAAUUCUGCUAGUGCGGCUUGGGCAUGUUUACUUCUGUGAGAUGAUGCCUAUCAAGCACCAAAAAAGCCCCAGCAACCCACCACGGUGCUGACACGGAGGCUGGUGGGAAAUGGGCGUUCAGGCUGCCAAAGUGUUGGUGUGCGAGGAUUUCUCACUGAAGAGAGACCGAGGCAAAGCAAUCGGGCAGGGCUGUUUAUUUUCUGAGCUGGAGAGGUGUGUACCACCGGCUACCGAAUUUGAAUAAGGAGGUUGCUGCCUGCGGUUUGCAUACGUGCAGCAAACCUGCCUUGUGCAUGCAGCGGGAUUGCUCUGGCAGUGGCAGGCUGAGAUCAGCAGUGUGUGCAUGUGUCCGUCUGUUUGUCCAGUGCCAGGAGCAACUCCACAGAGCUGGAAAGAUGCAGCAGGUCAUGGCCAUACUUUCCAAAACCCCAUCGCCAUGGGAUGCCCCUGGCUGCACGUCUGCCGGGCACUCACAUUUGUGGGAAGAGCCGAGGCUGGGCAUCCCUCCGCAGCCACAUGCAGGAUGACUGGCCUGGCAACAUCUCUUAGUGACUCGGUACUUCACCUCCAGCACUGAUGAGCGAGUGGGCGCGGUGCCGGCGUCCUGCUGUGCUGUGCUGUGCAUCCUGCUGUGCAUCCUGCUGUGCUGUGCUGUGCUGUGCUGUCACACACUGAUGGCUCCCCCGGGGGGUCCCAGCACGCCCAGGCUCAGGGCAAGGACCGAGGGGCACAGGAGGGCAAGGACUGUGUCUGCAGCUACAGCUGAGCGAGUGAGAAGAGAGGCUGAAGCAGAAAGGCACUUGUGGUUUCCUUUGAAACUAAAAGGCCCCGUAAUACUUGAGGAGGCUGAUGGCAUGGAGCUGCUGCUGAGGGCUGCGCUCCCUCCCGGGGGCUGUCGGUAUAGCCUCAAAGAAGAGGAGGUGAAGGAGGCCCAUGAAUACAGCCCCGUCUGGAACGCCGGCUCCUGCUGUGGGUACAGGUCCAGCGCCAGGUGCCCCCAUGGCUGGCAAAGGGCCAAGCCCUUGGAGCCCUGCUGGUGCUGAUGCUCCUGGCCGGCAGUACAGGGUCUGCUCCAGACAGCGUGGAGCACCCGUCUCAUCAGUCAGGAGAAACCACCAAAGCAGCCAGUCACUGUUUUGUGCGGGAAAACAAGCUGAGGUUGUUGCUGUUUUCAUUUUUCACCUGUUUAUAUUGCUGCUACCCAGCCAACUUGGAUCAGCAGUUUUGGACAUUAAAACCAGAAUUUAGCCACUGGCUUUGUGCUUCCUACCUGGAUGCAAGUACUGCAAAGCCCUGGAGGAAAGUGACUGCUGCCUCUGGAAGAGAAACCAGGACCAACGCAGCCACCAUCCCCGUGGGGCUCUGCGGCACAUCGCCCGAGCGCGGUACUGAACACACCGCGGGUCCUGCCUGCCUUCACACUGCCGGGGAGGGAAGCGUCCUUGGGGAAAACACGGGUUUGUGCGGGGUCCAGGCGCCGGGAACGGCUGUCCGUGCGAGGGCCCGGGGUGACACAUCGCCACUGAGCUCCCGAAAGAGCCCUGGCAGCGCAAGAGCCUCCUGCCGCCUGGGUCGCCUGCUCACAGACAGCGAGUGCGCUGCGCAAGCUUGCAGGGGAUUCCAGGUCCACCCUCACAGCAGCGGCUUGUGUUGCUCUACCUUCUUCCCUCCCUCGCGAAGGAAAACACCACACGUGCCCGGUGCCCUGUCCGUGCCCGCCUGGAGCUUCGCCUGCUGCAGCAGCACCCGGCCUGCCCGUGCCAGCCCAGGGCGGCACAGGAGGAAAGCGACGACGCGCCGAGCCGCCCGGAGCACAGAGCUGCACCAAGCACAGGGGUGUCUCGGCUGCCCGGAGUGCAGGGAUCGCCUAACUUGGACAGGGAGCUGAAGGACUGCUGUAAGGAGCAGGUGGUGGUUGUCCUGAGCCCCCUGAACAAGCAAGAUGUGAGCAGGACCUGCCAGACAAUCCCUACUGUGUGCAGCUCCGUCCUGAUGGCAACUCCACCACGUGCAGGUGUCCGGCCAACAUCCCCGGCAUGUGCGAACCUUAUGGACCAUAAGAUAGUGCACGCCUGCACUUAGCCUGAGCCUAAAGGUGUGCGUGGGCUAGGUGUGUAAACUACUUGUGGUUUUUACUGAGUAAAAAGAUGGGCAAGCUCUGGGACUGGGCCAGUAGCCUAUGGGUGGUUGCACCACAUAGGUAUUUUCCCAGUUACGGAGAGACUCCUGGUUUUGGCUGCAAUGGGGCUCCCAGCUGAAGAGUGGGCCUUGACGGUGGAGAGGUGGCAGUUGGUGAUGGAUCCUUGUCUUACUCUCUGCAACAUUUUGCAGUGUCGAGCUGAUACUGUGCUGCUAUUGCUCUGUCAUCACAUUGUGCAUCACAAGUAGUACUGUUUGCUGGGAUUAUAGCGCAGGCUGCUGUGCCCUUAGUAACUGUGGUGGACCUGGACCAGGACCGCCUUCCCUCUUGGCUCUGUGUGUGCGUGCAAAAACAUGUGCUCGUGUCUCCCUCUCGUGUCUGUGUGUCUGUGCAAAAAAUGUGCAUCUGCCUCUUGCGUCUGUGUGUGUGUGUGUGCGCAAAAAAUGUGUGCGUCUCCCUCUGUGUCUGUGUCUCUCUGUGUGCAAAAAGUGCACGUGUCUUGCUCUUGUGAUGCCUAUCUAUGAAUAUCUAUAUAUUUAUACAUAAUUCUAUGCAUGUGUUGUACACGUGUCAGGAGCUAAAUCUAUGUAAUCAGUCCUUCCCCUAAAAGCCAGUGGUUGGUGUGAUGCACUGAAGGCUGUUGCGCAAGAUUUGACUCAGCUUCUUUCCCAUACGUAGGGGCUGUAAUGCAGCAACCAUUGUUUUCUGUGCAGAAGGUGCACAGAAUUUCUAAGUUAAUUGCUGCCACCCUUAUCAAGGGGCCACUGUCACUGAGCCUGAUGAGCAGCAUGGCGGCUUUGAUCACCUGCAAUUCUGGUGAAGCUGGCCAUGGAGCAGAGGCAUCGAAGAGGAGGGCUCACCCUUUGCUGUCACGCGCUGUGGUGGAGGAGGGAUUUCGCUUAAGAGCCUGAGGUGUUCAGGUGGCCUCGCUGUGACAGCAAGCUGUGCCUGGCCGCUGGCCCGGCUUGUGGCCAUGGCUUGGGAACAGCCCACAGCCUGAGGCCACGCUGCAAGCCCUAAGCUGGAGGCAGGCGGCUCUUUUACUAUGUCAUAUAUAUAUGUGUGUGUGUAAUACAUGCAUAUAUGUGCACAUACAUAUGCACAGUGGAAUAAAGGAGAAUUCCAGCUCGCAAUGUUCAAAACAACUUUCUUUGCCUGAAAGGCCAAAGCAGGUGACUUAUAUACCUGUAGCUAUACAUAUCUAAUAUGUAUAUACACACACAUAUAUAAUAUAUAUACAUAAUAAUAUAUAUACAUAUAUGUGUGUAUAUCUAUAAUAAUAUAUAUACACACACACAUAUAAUGUCUGUAUAUAAAAAUAUGUACUGACCCCAAGGGACAGUAACUGGGGUGUCCAGCUGCUGAGUCCGGAUGGUCACCGCGGCUAGAAACUGGGGUCUCCACCGCGCCGGGGCCCACCCUGACAGGAACACCACAUCUCUUCCAGCAGCACCAUGCAUGGGCUGGUGGGUUGGGGACAGGAUGGGGGUCAGUAGGUGACAGCAGCUGCCAGCGCAGUCCCGAGCCAUGUCCCCGCCAGUGGGCACAGCCAGCACCACACACAUCCCCCCCCCGCGCCACUGGGCUGAUGGCUGAUGGAGGGGUCAGGUGCAAUGCCAAUAUAGGGUUAUAUAAACUUAAAAGCAUUUUAUAUAAGCCUAUUUUAUCUGCAAAUCAUUUAUAUUUAGAACACCUAUUUCUACUGGAAACACUAAAACCACAUUACAUAAGA